GGCAUAUCCUAAUUGUGUAAAAUACCGUUGCCAUAAUUAGUUGAUGGUUCGUUAUUUUGAACGUUAUUGCUUCCUUGUAGAAUUUGUAUUUUAUUAGUCUUUCUAUUCAUUUGUUAGUUAAAUUUUGACAGUUCAUUCAUAAAAAGUGAUAGAAAAAGUUUGUAAUGGCUCCUCGAGAAACAACCAGAUCAACACCAAAAGUACAGCGUGCUAUUGUUAAAUCCAGCACGAAAAAGUUAAAAUCAACUCCGACAUCGGCUAUAAAAAAGACCAUGUCAUCCGUGACUGCCAAAAAAGUAACUGAGAAGACUGCUCUUAAAAUUAAUAACAAGACAAUGGAGAUGAGACCACGGACUAGCACAGUCCCUAAAGUCUCCACACCGAAGCCCAAAGAGAAUAAAUCAGUACCACUCCCAAGCAGUGUCACAAAGAGUGCCAAGAAAACAACUUGGAAACGAAGACCUAAACCUGCACAUUCUGGAGUACCCGUGCCUGAAAAGAUGAAGAGAUUAUUUGAGAAACAAUUGCAGUCAGCCGAUUGCAGUUUCUGAUCAUCAUUACUUAUUUUUUAAUUAUGUAACUGGUGAAGUACAUUGACAUAAAUGAUUGUCAAAUUAUACAUAAAAUAUAAGACAGAAUAUAGGACACAGUUUUAAAAUGAAAUGGGAUUAGAAAUUUCAGUUUAACACUGUUUUCUAAUGUUUAGACAACAUUAGUUGCAAACAAAUGUAGUCAUAAUGUUCAUUAAACAUAAGGUCCAUAGUAUCUAUAAUGUCAAUAUAUACAUCUUUAGAACAAUAACUUGUUUUUACAUACAAACAUACAUACAUCUUAAGUAUCUCACUGCUAUCUACACUCAUGUAAUUUUUUAUAGCUUUAUGGCUUUGUAUUAUCCUUGACCAGCCAAUCUCAUUUACUGUCACUCUUCUGUUUAAUAGUUUUAAUUCUUAAAAUAAAUUUAUUCAAUAGAAUAGAAUAAAUGCUGUGGUAUUUCUUACUUAUUGUGUAGAUUCAGAAAGAUAUAGUAAUAAGACACAAGUUGCUGUAUAGCAAAGGCUGGAUAUUUCACUCCUGUGCUUAUAGACAAAUGGUACAUAGGUACCAUUAUUUAAAAAUAAAAAAUAUUUGAAAAUAGAAUUCUUGGAACAGCUAUUUUAAAAUAUUUUUUUAUUUUAUUCUAAUCCCACCUGAUUAAAUCUAGAAUGACUUUAAAGCAAAUAGUAAUUUGGUUUUUAAUUAGGUAAGUAAUUAUCUUUAAUAAGGGCUGUCACAUUUUGUUUAAAAAUGGAAUAAUUUGUUCAUGCCUUUAUGUUCUAGGAAUAUGACUGAAUGAUUUCUUUAUUGAAAUUGUUACUAGUUACUAAUGUUGCAAUUAAAAAGUAAUUUUUAAUUUUCGUAAUUGUACAAAAUACUUAGUAAUUUAGUAGAGUGAUAAAAGUGACUAUUGAAGAAAUGAAUCAGUGUGAAUGAUUACUAAUAUUGUACCAUGUGCUACAGCAUGUUGCGAGUGACAGUUUCAGUCAUGUUUCACUCUUGAAAUUUGUCGAGAUUUGGAAAUUAUGACUUAGUAUUUCAGCUAUACCACAUUCAUAAUAUAUUAAAUCAUUAAUAACUGUAGUAUGUUAAAUUUAACCAGAAUGUUCUAGUCUACUAUACAUAUAAAUGAAAUUGGAGUGUCUGUUUGUAAAAUUGAAAUAGCUGUUUUUUACUA